UUUUGCCACCCCUGGAAAAAGUUCUCAGACAAUCCAAGGAGAGGCAAGCUAGAGAAGAAGUAGAAGAAGAGGUAGAAGUGGUCCUUAAAGCGAUGAGGGAUGCACAAUCCACGAAAGAGGUAGAAAAGAAGAAAUUGGAGGACAAGACGGAAAAGAAAGAGGAGCAGGCCGUGGAGAAAGCAAAGCCUGAGGCAAUGCCCAGUGUGAAGAAAGCAGAGAAGACAGGACCCAAAGAAGAGCCCAAAAAGAAGACUGCCAGAGAGGAGAAAGAGGUGAAAAAGGAGACUAAACAUUUGAAGAAGAAAGUUAUCCAUGACUUUUUCAACAAGAACGUUGUGGUGGAACCCAAGAAGAAGGUGGACAAAAAGGUGAAGGAGACAAAGGAGGAUGUUGAGUCAACUCUUUGGAAAUCUGACGAUGAAUCCAAGAACCAUGUCAAGGUGGUGAAGACAAAAGAGUCCACCAUGAAAAAAGAACAUAUUGAUGUUAAUAAAGAAGGCAAAAAGAAACCUGUCAAAGAGAUGAAGGAAGAAAAGACAGCUAAACUACCAGACAAAAAAGUAAAGGUAAAAAAAACAGAACUUGAGGUUCUAAAGGAGGAGGCUAAGCUGGUGACUGUUAUGAAAGAGCCAAAGGAAGCUAAGGAGCAAGCCAAACCAGAAGCUACCAAAAAAGAAGCUGAAGUUCCCAAAGAACAGACCAAAGCAGCUACAUCAAAGAAAGAUGCUGAAGCAAAAGAAAAGGGCAAACUAGCGCCAGAAAAGAAAGGGAAAGACAAACCAACUACUGCAAAUGAAGAUGUUGCAGUUAUUAAAGAAAAGGUGAAAUCAGCCCCUGCAAAGAAAGAAGCUGAAGUUCCCAAAGAAAAAACCAAAGCAGCUACAUCAAAGAAAGGUACAAAGUAG